AAAUUAAUUUAAAAGAUAUGGGUUAACUAGUUUCUGUUUACCUUUUCUGCUCAAUGGAUAUGCGCAAUUUGAGUUUGUCAACAUGGCAGAUGAAAUUAGUAGGGAAGAAAAAUUAGCUGCUGGUUUAAAAAAGUUAAAACAGUUUCAGCAGCAACGAUCUUCUAAAUCGAAAACUGCACGAAGGAAAUCGCCUCUUCAAAACGAUUCCCCAGAAGCUGGAAAUUCAUCACUAAGCACGCCAAGAAAAUUAUCUGCUGAUAGUUCCAUAGAAAAGGUGCCUUUAUGUAAAACCACUAGCACAGAUUUUGAGCAAACAAAAAAUAAAAGUUCAAGUAUUUCAGUUCUCAAUGAAAGUGUUUCUGUCCAAGAUAUUAAUAAAUCAGUUCAGAGUGAAAACCUUAGUCAAAAGUCUAAGUCAGAACAACAGCUAAACAAUUUAAAAGAGCUGUCCUCAACUGAGAGUCUUCGUCAGAUUUCUUUACAAGUUAAUGGACUUAUGUCUGAAACAGAUGCUUUUGUUAAUGGUGAUAUUAGUAGAGAAGAAUCCCCAAAUAUAGAAAGCCAGUCUUUAGAAAAAAGGAAUCAAGAGUUAGCUUUAUUGGUCAAUAAUUUGCGGCAAUCUAAUGAUCAACUGCAAUUUCAGUUACAGGAAUUUAAAGUAAAAAACAAGCGCCUUACCCAAUCUUUUGAGCAAGAAAAGCAAGAAGUUUUGGAGAAAGCUCAUAAAGAGCAAGUUAGCUUAAAAGAUCAACUUAAUGUCCAUAUUCAAACCAUAGGUAUUCUUGUGGCUGAAAAAACUGAACUUCAGUCCACUCUUUCUUUAAACCAACAAACAUCAAAACAAAAAGCAGGAGAAGUAGAAGAGCUAUUCGGUAGAUUAAGAGCUUCUAGGCAAAGAGCAUCAGAUCUUGAAAGAGAAUUGGCAGCUGUAAAUAGUUCAUACCAACAAUUAGAUAAGAUUAACAAAGAAUCUUCCAAGGAAGUGGACCGAUUAAAGUCUGAAAUUUAUAAAUAUAGUAGGUCGAAUGAAGAUUUAAGUUCAGCCAAUUCAGAAUUAAAAGAAAAGUUGAAUAAAAAAAUUCAAGAUCUUCAAAGCUUAGAAAAAGAGCUUACGGGUUGUCGAAGCAAAUUGUCAGCAGCAGAAUCUCAUUCACAGCAACUUCCUGACAGUAACACUCCUGAAAAUCGAAAUCAGUUGGAAGAACUCUUUCAAGAAAAAAUAAAUCUUGAAAAGAAAGUUUCCUUAUUAAAAGCAUCUGUUGAUAAACUUAUGAACGAGCGAGAUUCAAUGGCUGACCAGUAUCAACAAUAUGUUCUUCAAUUGAGUGAGAAAGUAGCUUCUUUACAAGAUGAGCUAAAGCAGCUAAGAAAUGAAAAGGAGGAAUUGUCCAAGGAAAGGAAUUUGCUUCAAGAAUCACUCGAAACUCAUAAAGCUCAAUCAGGAGCUUUAAGCAAAGAGGAUCCAGCUGAGCUAAAAUUACAAAUAACAGUAUUAAAGAAUCAUAACGAAGAACUGAACAAAAAAUGGCAAAUAGAGGUAGCUACCAAUUCAAGUCUGUGUGAUCAAAUUAGAGGACUAGAAGAAAAAGUUGUAGAGCUUGAAAAAAUCCUUGCUCGUAUGAAAGAUGAUCAAGUAGAUCAAAAUCGUUUGGUUGAAACCAUGCAGAGUGACAAAGUUGCUGCCAGUCGAGCUGUUACUCAAAAUAGGGAGUUAAAGAAACAGCUAGAAGAGCUUCAAAAUGGUUUUGUUGAAAUGAGCAAUGACAAACUAGAGCUUACAGAAAGGUUAGACUCAGAAAAGCAUAGAACUAAAGAGCUUGGUGAAAGAUUAAGUCAGCAAGAAGAUGAACUUCGUGAACUGCAAGAGCAACUGGCACAAAAAGAAUCUGAGCUCCAAAAUCUCCAUAAAUCAAAUACAAAAGGAAUUUUUCAACAAAACCAGAUUGCAGACAGAAUGAGGCACUAUGAAGCUCAAGGACACUUGGCUGAGAUGCUUCAAAGUGAAAUUCAUCAAGCACAGGAACAAAUAAAUGCUUUGACUAGUCAGAAUUCUGAUUUACGCAUGGCUUUAGCAAAGCAAGCUGAAAUUACUGUUGAUGAUGAAAACCAGAGAGAAGAUAAAGAUUCCUCUAAGCGUAAUGAUCUGGUUGCAUCAUUAUCCGCAUCUGUGCGACAAUUAGAGAUGGAACGCAACCAAAUGAUGAAACAAUUAGAAGAACAAAAAGUCAGUAGAUUACAAUUAGAAGAAGAAAUGAAGAAACAAGAAACUUUGUUUCAUGAGGAUGGCACAGAAAGUAAUGUUGUAUCCAGAAAAGAUUAUGAAAUGAUGAGAAGUGCCAUGACUCAGUUAGAAGAAAGGUUUAAACAGACUAUGAGUAAAAUUGCUGAACUUUCUGAUGAGAGGCAACAACUAGAACAUUUAGUCCUCCAAUUGCAAGGAGAAACUGAUACAAUUGGUGAUUACAUAGCUUUGUACCAAAUUCAGAGGGGCUUGAUGCGAAAAAGAGCUUCUGAAAAAGAUGAUUAUAUUGCACAACUGGCAAGAGACAGAGAAGAUUUAAAGGCCAAACUAGGCGAAUUGCAAAACCUUGUCAUGCGUUUAUUAGAAGAAAGAAAGCACCUCCAGUCUAACCCACAUUUAUUAAAUGAUAAUUUAGGAUUUAUCAAUAUGCCACAUAUCUCAGAUAGCCAUGAAGCAUUGUUGCAUGACUCGCAUGAUCACAUUUGUGAAAAACAUUUAAAUGGUGACAUUGAAGAUGAUGAUUCCUCUGACUCAGACACGUCCAAGCCUGAUGCCACAGCUAAAAAAAUAAUAAAACUGCUUUCAGACAUAGAGACCACAAAUUUAGUAGAGAAACCUGUUUUGGACAGUUUUCAUCCCUGUCCCGUAUGUUCAGGCAGACUAAUAACAGUGUGAAAAUAGGAUAUGCAUUUUAUUAUAGUUGCACUAAAAUUAAACUUUUUCAGCUAUAUGCCCAUAUAAAAAUGCUGCAUUACUCAUUAUACUUGCUAGUUCCUCAAUUUUUUUUUUAUUUUAAUUUAUUUUAGACAAAAGAAAGGAAUAUUGAAGAUCAAAAAGUUUCUUAAAUAUUUCUGCCAUCAUUUUGAUUGAAAUAAACUUUAUUUACCUCAUAUUUAAAAACAUUCCACUUUUCUUUAAAAAAAAGUGCUCUUAAGUUAUUUUUAUUUAUUCUUUGUGAAAUUGAUUUUACUGAAUAUUAAAUAUGUCGCUUAUUAUAUUAGGCCAGUAGGUUAAAGUGCAAUUAUUGAUUUAGUUUCUGCAUAGCGGAUACAAGCAUCUAUUGAAUUGCACUGCAGUCCCUUUAAUCCUAGUCAGUUUCUUGCUAUUAAAUAAACUUAUUGAUCUACUGAAUUGCACUACAUUUAGUAGAUUCUUAUGAAAUUUGUUAAAGAGGGAAUAAAUUAUAUUUAGAUAACAAUCAAACAUGUAAACCAUUUUAAUUUGAAAAGUUACCUUUUUAUCUAUCCUCUUUGCACUAGCUGGCAUAUAAGGCCUCCAAUCUCUUUUUCUAUGCACCUCUGUCUUGAGCCCAUCCUCUUGCCUCUUAUCCAUUUACUUUUGCUUUGCACAUAUCUUAGUGUAUGUAUCUUUGCUAAGUAAAGUCCAUUUAUUUUUAGCAAAAUAGCUAAUACCGAAGGAUUUUAAGUAUUUUUUUAUAAUUUUAGAACCAUCCAUUAAUUACAUACUCCUAAGUAUUUGAGUUAAUUGAAUUAUUCCAGUAUUACAUUGCCUGAGACAUUUUCUUUAAUACUAGAUAUCAUAGCUGAUGCUGUAAUACCAUAUGAUGUUUGUAGAUAUAAAAUCUAUAAAAAAAAUUUACAAAAGCACUCUGAAUUGUUUUUUUAAUUGCUAAAGAUGGUCUUUCCUAGGCUAUUUACUUUUCACUAUUUAUUGUGCUGCUCUUCAGACUAAGGGCUCUGUUAAUUAAGAUUCGGAUUAUCGGGACUCAGUUUUCUAUAAGUUACACUAAUGCACAUUAGACUUUUUUUUUUCUUUUCAAAACUUUGAUCUCAUCUCUACAAUAAUCUCCAUAUCAGACCUGAAAAAAUUUAUAUUCAUUUUAACUUUCUAGCUACAUAAUUUAAUUGCUAAAGUUACAUUAAUAUCUUUAAAACAGCUUCUUGAUGACAUAAUGCAACUGUGAACUAAAUAUCCUAUUUCUAGUCUGUUUAUUAAGAGGAAUAUGGUGAAAUAGGGGCCUUCUAUUGUGAUAUUUUUCUUGUACUACUUUUGUAACGCAUUUGUAUCUUGGACUCUCGUGUGAAAUAAGUUAUUGCAUGUUUUAAAGUACUUUAUCUAAUUCAAUAUAUUUUUUUGAAAAGUUAAGAACUGGCUUCCAUUAACCAUUCACUUUCAAUAAAAAGGGAUUCACUUGGUUUUUACUACUUCAAAAAGGUUAAAAAAAUAUUUGAAUGAAGUUUUUUAUUUUAUUUCAACACCUAUGUACGUAAUAAUUGUUUGAUCUAUUGACUUGCAUAAUAUAAUGUGUGGUUGCCAUAUGUUAAAUAAACCUUGUCUAAAUUUGUUA